UCAUUGACAAACCGUGUUCCACGCUCCCCAUUGGGGCUCCCGUAUCUAACACCACCCGACACCCCCACUCGUCGGCUCAAGAACUUUUUCCCUAAUUAGUGAAUUAAAAAGGAGAAAAUUUAAUAAAAUUAAUCGCUGGCUUUUUCUGGAAGACACGAAUCCAAUUUGUAAUUCUUUUCCUUCUAUCCAUUCAUCUAUUUAUCGUUCUCUCAAUUGAAAAAUCCCACACGAGAUAGCGAGACAUUCCAUGUAUUUGCAGCUAAUUAACUCCGAUUCUGUUAAACCCAAAAGGGCUUUUCAUUGCUUCUCAAUUUUCCUGAACAUCACCUUUCUCAGAUAAUCGGAUUCCAUGCCGAAGAAGAGGUUUAUUGUUAUAAACCAUAAUUCAAUCAUGGGUUCCUCUCUGUAAUCUGUAUUGAUUGAUUCCUUUGAUUCAAUCUCUCUUCAUGGCGAAGUGUUUCAGCUUCACCGCUUCAAGGGACUGGUGUUACCGCUACACCUUCGCGAACGCCGGUCUCAAAUCGGUGACGACGGACCUUGGCGGCGGCACAAUCAUGCACUGUUGGGUACCCAAAACCCAAAAAGAGAAGAAACCAACUCUUCUGCUCAUCCAUGGCUUCGGAGCCAACGCAAUGUGGCAAUAUAGCGAUCUCCUCCGACCCUUUAUCACCCGCUUCAACAUCUAUGUUCCAGACCUGAUCUUCUUUGGCGAAUCAUUCACGAAACGCCCUGAGCGCACUGAAUCGUUCCAGGCUCAGUGCGUGAUGAAGCUUAUGGAGGUGCACGGGGUGCGCAAGUUAAGCCUUGUCGGGAUCAGCUAUGGUGGGUUCGUUGGGUAUAGCAUAGCUGCUCAGUUCCCUGAGGCCGUGGAGCGGGUGGUACUAUGCUGUGCCGGUGUAUGCUUGGAGGAGAAGGACUUAAACGAGGGUCUGUUUGUGGUGUCUAGCUUAGAGGAAGCCGCUAGCGUUUUGAUGCCUCAGAAUCCAGAGAAGCUGAGGGAGCUGGUUCGCUUCUCUUUUGUUAAACCUCCCAAGACCAUGCCCUCUUGCUUCCUUCGUGAUUUCAUUGAUGUUAUGUGCACAGAUUAUGUUGAAGAGAAGAGGCAAUUGAUUCAGGCCAUACUAAAAGAUAGGAAGCUUUCUGAUCUUCCAAAGAUCACUCAGCCAACGCUAAUACUAUGGGGAGACAAAGAUCAGGUAUUCCCAUUGGAAUUGGGGCACAGACUAAAAAGUCACAUUGGGGAUAAUGCUAAGCUAGUAGUGAUAAAGAAUGCUGGUCAUGCUGUGAAUUUGGAGAAGCCUAAGGAGUUCUACAAACCCUUGAAAUCCUUCCUUGUUGAUUCUCUUCCUCCUCCUCCUCCUCCUCCUCCUCCUCCACCUCCUCCUUCUGCUGCUCCACCUCCACCUCCACCUCCACCUCCACCUCCAGCUUCUCAGCUUAUUAAUGGAAACAAGGUGGACUAAAGUCUUCAGGUGGAGAGAUGUUAGAGCUCCCCUAGUGUUGGCUACUGCUUGCAGGUGGUAUUGUUCAGGACAAAGCACAGCAAGGUCUGUUCCCUAUCUGCUUUAAAUGUCUAUAUAAGCAAUGCAGAGGAAGAAGCCAUAGGGACAAUGCUGCAGCUAUCUCUUGGAGCAAUUUCAAUGUCAAAUGCAGUAGGAAUUGCCCUAGCAUAUGAAGGCAUGAGAAGGGGAUUAUGAAGAUAGCCAUGAAGUGGGGAUUUUGCCAUUCUAAAAUGUAAAUUGAAGGUUGGAAAGAUCAUGGCUUGCAGUUCUUUGAAAACCCCUAUAAUUAGAAGAGGAACAAGGGAAUGCAAAUUGAGCUUGAAGUUUCUGAAAACUCCUAUAAUUAGGAAAGAAACAAGGGAAAGGAGAGAAACAAAGGGAAGUUUAUGUUGAAAACUUAUUAUGAAUUAAGAUUUACUGGUUGUGUUAUAAAAAUCCAUCCUUGGUAACUAUA